CAUCCACGGCUCCUACUUUUCCAAAAAAAAAAGAAAGAUUUAAUGAUUUAUAUUUUUGAAUCAGUUUAUGUCACAUACAUUGCAACAGAGCCUUUUAAUUUGACCGCAACGGGAAAAGAACAAAGCCCGUCAGUGGUCCAGGGGUGGGGGGCUGUCUGCCGCUGUCAACCUCCAUCCAUUUACAGUCGGAUCGUUGCCGAGAGGUCACUCACUCAUUUAAUCGCAAAUGUACCAGUUCAGCAAAAACCAUCAUGACUCGAACAAUCUCACUACUCCAGGUUUUGUGUCUUUGAAUCAGGUCUAGAUCGUCUCACAAGGAUUUGAUUCAUUUCAACAUGGCACCACAUCCAGUGGUUCAGGCGGUAAUAGACCUCUCUGCUGGAGCUAUAGGGGGCACAGCUUGUGUACUUAGCGGUCAACCAUUGGACACGGCUAAAGUGAAAAUGCAGACAUUCCCCACUUUGUACAGAGGCUUUGUGCACUGCUUUGUUUCAACAUACAAACAAGUGGGACUUCGAGGGCUGUAUCAAGGUACCACUCCUGCCCUCAUGGCUAACAUCGCUGAGAACUCAGUGCUCUUCAUGUCCUACGGUUUUUGCCAAGAAGUGGUGCGCUUCGUCUCUGGUCAAGAGAAAGGGGCUGUUCUGAGUGAUAUGCAGAAAGCAUGUGCGGGCUCCGUCGCCUCUGUGUUCUCCUCUCUGGUGCUCUGUCCUACUGAACUGGUCAAGUGCAGACUGCAGGCAAUGCAUGAGAUGGCCACUUCCGGCAAAAUCGCCACCAGUCAAAACACAGUUUGGUCUGUUGUAAAGUCCAUCAUGCAUAACGAUGGUCCUGCAGGGUUCUUCCUGGGUCUAACCACGACUAUAGCCCGCGAGGUUCCUGGAUAUUUCUGUUUUUUUGGAGCGUAUGAACUCUGUCGUUCUCUCUUUGCUGACUACAUGCACUGUGGCAAGGAUGACAUAGGUGUAGCCCCUAUUGUGUUCAGUGGGGGUUGUGGUGGAGCUUGUCUCUGGCUGGUGGUAUAUCCGAUGGACUGUGUUAAAUCCAGGAUACAGGUCAUGUCAAUGACAGGCAAACAGGCUGGUUUCUUUAAGACUUUCAUGCAUAUCUUCAGAACGGAAGGUGUAAGAGCUCUAUAUUCUGGUUUGACUCCCACCAUGAUUCGGACAUUUCCAGCCAACGGUGCUCUGUUUUUAGGUUAUGAAGCCAGUCGCAAGCUGAUGAUGUCACACUUUGACGGCUGACACCUCACGGUGGACUUCUGCUAGUCUUCAUCAUGGCCAGUCUAUUCUUACUCCAGUACACAUGCAAUGUGCACAAUCCCUAAUACAUAUUUUUAUUACAAUACUUACCUUUAUUUAUUUUUAAUAGUGUUUUAAUGUCAUGCUGCUAAAUCUUAAUCCAAGGGUUUAGAUGUUUAAUGGGAUUUUAAUAUAUUCUCAGUAUUACCGUGGGCCAAGGGAAAAAUGGUCUGCUUUGUCCAUUGUUUUGGUAACUUCAGUUUUAUCAUCCUUCACUCCUACUAUUAACUUCUAUCCACAUUCCGUUUCUCACCCUAUAUCUGUGUAUUUGCCAAUUUACCAAAAGUUCUGCAGAAUUAACGACAACUAUGCAACUAUUUUAAAGUUUUCCAUUGAACACUAAUAGAAAGGUUUUGACAUUAAACCCAAAUGUUCUUAAACACAAGUGCCUGCCUGUUAUGGAAUCAAAUUGUAAUAGUUUUAGAAUAUGUUUCCAUUCCAUUUUCCUUUAGUGUUAUUAAUGUAACUAAAAGAUUUGUGUAACUGG